CGUCAACAACGUAGUAGCAUCUCGGCUUUCCACUUGGUCUAAUCCCAUCUGCUCCUCGAAGACAAAAAUGAAAAUCCUAUUUUUCCUAGCAUUUCUGGGGAUUGUAAUCGCCGACAAUAUCCCAACCACCAACUAUGGAGUACCAAAUGAAAGUACCUUGCCUGAGCCUAAUGGAAAUGAAGAAGGAGCUGCUAUUGAACCCAUAGGCAACGGUCACACUACUCAAGAUCAUGGUAACGGAGACAACCCUGUAGACUUCAAUGUCCAUGUUGGUUCAACGGCAACAACCAGCAAAGAUCGCAACGCCACACAGGACAAUGGAUUUAUCAAUGGACCUGAAAGUAACGGAGAUGGCUUCAUCGCUACUAAUGGAGUUCUACAAAAUGGUAACGGCGCUGUACCAAGCAACGUUAACGAAGUUCUCCCCAAUGGAUAUGGGGUGGAUCCACAGACAGCAGCCCUACACGAAAAUAUUCCAGGCAGUGGUGUCCCUGGAAAAGACUACCCGGUUUUAGCCUCGGUUCCAGACACUGGCUUCUCCUGUGAUGCCCAGAAUGUGCCUGGCUACUAUGCCGACAGUGCCCCUGAGGUUGAAUGCCAAGUUUUCCACGUCUGCCAGGAUCGACCCGAUGGCCGCCGGCAACAAGACUCUUUCCUCUGCCCCAACGGCACCGUCUUCAACCAACAAUAUCUCGUGUGUGACUGGUGGUUCAACUUUGACUGCGCAACUGCUGAAGACUUUUAUUCAGUUAAUGAACUCCUCGACGAAGUGAUCAAUGUUGUAUACAAUUACGCCAAUGGAAAUGGUAAUGGGAAUAAUGACAAGGACACUGACGGUCACAUUACCAGUGGAAACGGAAAUGGUAACGGCCCUUCUGGCUAUAGUGCCAACAACAAUGUCAACGAGAAUGGCAGUAACAAUGACAUUGAAAACAGUGAUGAUGGUAAUAAUGGCGGUGGAAGCGAACAAGACCAAGAAAAUGGCAAUGAAUCUGACAGCUAUGGCUCUCAUGGAAAUGAAGCUAGAAAUAGCAUUACCAAUGAGGAUAAUGGAGACGAAACCAAUGAUUCUGUUUCUAACAGCGAUGGAAGUAAAGAGGCCGGUGUAACUUCCACCGAAAACGGCGAAUCAGCUGUUCCUUCGUAUUCCUACAGUGUUCCUCUCUAAAGCCCUAUGUUUCAGAACUAUCUAUUAUAAUAAUAUUCUUUAUGAUGGCCGGAAACUUACAGUGGCGUGAACAAAACAAGACACAUCUUAGAGUAAAGAUUAUAUUUUCUAACAUAUAUUACACAAUAAAUGCUCACUCACCAACUAAAAAACAUUGUAUAUAGGCAAUAUUAAUAUUUUUUCAAUAAAAUACCCGGAAAGUUACAGUGACGUGAACAAAAGAAGACACCUCUUAAAAUAAAGACAAUAUUUUUUAACAAACAUUAUACAAUAAAUGCUCACUCACCAACUAGAAAACAUUGUAUAUAGGCAAUAUUGAUAUUUUUUCAAUAAAAUAC